AUGGAAUUAUCCUCUCCAGCUCCGGGGCCUCUGGUGGACGAAGAGCCUCCGGGAUCGUCAGAAUCCCGGAGGGAGGGGCACCAGGAGGUGACCCUGGGUACUGUAUUAGCAACAGAGCGGAAAACACCACAGGCUGCCACCGCUUCUGUUGGUGUUCCUAGAGGAAGGGCUCUUAAGGACCUGCUGGCGCAGCAGAAGCGACAAGAGCAGCGGCAGGAGCAGCGGCAGCGCGAUGCAACUGGUGCGCGACAGCCAUUUCCAACGAGCUGCUCAGCAUGGGGAGCCAGAACGCGAUCCUCUGAUGUGGACUUCACGCAGCAGCCUCAGAGUCAAGAGCGAAUGCAGGAUCAGCCGCAGCAGAGACCGUGCAAAAGAAAGCCCACUACUGGCCCCUUUGUCGCUCAUCGAAUAGCAGAAGGCGAUGGCCUUCCCCGCUGCACGAAGCAAAGGGCAGAAGCAAGGAGUAACAGCCACCCUACCCCAGCACCAGCCUUAGCACCAGAUGGCGAAAAGACACAGAGCCUGCGUGCGUCUAAACGCCGUGUUGAGGAACUGAGCACCAGGCUGAAACAUCUGACUUAUCAGCGCGAGGCUGUUUCCGAGGCUCGUCGUACUUACGAAGAGGCAUGCAUGCUGCAGAGGCGGCAGCUGCUGGCCAUACAUUCUGAGAGAGAGAAGGCUUUGCUGCUUCUGCAGCGGCUCCUAGAGGAAUCUGCGGCUAAGGGUUUAGAAUUGCUCAGGGGAGUAAAUGACAAGCUGAUCGCCUAUGAGGUGAUAUGCUCAACAAAAACCCUUGACGACCCAUUAUUGGCUGCGCGUCUUCCCAAGGUUAGCAAUAAUUGUACACCCUACACCUCUUAUUUAAUAAAUCUGACUUCGAGUUGCUCGAUCUCUUUGAGCCUCUUUCGAGCCAUUCCUUGUCCGCGCGCGUUCCUGCAGCAUGAGACCGACCCCACGAGCGGCACCGGCAGCAGUAACGGCAGUGGUGAAAACAGCUGUCCUAGCAAAAGCGGCGAUUCUGAGAGGAUCGAGGUUGUUGCGGUGAAAGUCAUGGAAGUCGCGCUCACUCCGCGCACCAAGAAGAGAAAGCUCGCCAAGCUGGCACACUGGAGAGGUUAUACUGUGCGGUGUACUUUACGACGCGAGCGAUCGAUCCGAGCAGCCGCUGCUGCUGUCCUCAGCAAGUUGCAUGCAGCAGCUAUAGAUCUGCAGCGAAAGAUCCGGGGGCUCCUGCAAAGACGGGAGUUUCUAGAACACGUCAAGUCGACACAUCUGCUACCCCCGAAGAAAAGAGCAGCAGCCGUCGCUGUCCACCCCUUGCCCAAAACAGCGGCAGCAGCAACAACAGCCGCAACACCCCUUACAGCGCACCAGGCACGGCUCCAUCGGUUGCUGAACCGGACAGCGGAGCUGCUGCAGCGGUGGCAGCAACUGCGACUCUUGAACUGCAGAGACGAAGAAAAUAUGCUACAGAGCCUUCCCCAACAUAUAAGCACCAUUACGAGGCUCAGGUCCAAUCUGCAAAGCAUCCUGCCAAAGCCUAAUUUAUACAUGAGAACUCUUAUCUCCGAAAGGGCAGUAGACGACCCCUGA